CUCCAAGAGCCAUCUGCCUUUUCUACCUGAGGCCACGCACUAUCCUCACUCCGCCAUGGGACACACCUCUCAUCAGCCCCAGGGGAAGGCAAGAAACCAGUAUGUUCAUCAAAUGGUUUCUGAUUGGGGUUCUGCUUUUCUUUUUUGUGUCUGAGGAAUUCUGAACUAUGCAAACUUGUAAGAAGCUGUUCAUAUCGUUUUCACGUGACUUGAGGGGAACUACGUAUCUGCGUGAUCCUUUCCCGAGUCCAAGGAUUUAAACACAAUCACGGGAUUUAACAUGAACAUCAAAGCUUGGAGAUGUGUUUUCUACUCUGUUGUAUUCAGUUUAGUGGUGAUAUUUUUGGACAUAAGGACAGAUGCAUCAUUGGAAGGUUCCUCGAUGGGAUACCUGGACCUGCCUUAUACUCAGGAGUCCGUGGUGCUUCCACACCUCAUUCGUGUAUCAGAAGUCAAGGCGGCUCAUGAAGGCCAUGCAGUUAUUUCUCGACGCAAAAGGAACAUCCUUUUCCCCAGUGGAGUCAAACUGUGCACACAAGAGACUGCUCAGCAAGCUGUUGCAAACCAUCUGAGCUACUUUCACCUCAGAGUGUGUCAGGAGACCAUAUGGGAGGCUUUCAAGAUCUUCUGGGACCGCCUCCCGGAGCAGGACGAGUACCAGAGCUGGAUGAGCCGGUGCCAGGAGGGCACGGUCACUGCGCAGGAUAUCGGCAGCUAUUUCAGCCAAUCGGAGGAGCACCAGGCUCUGGUUGAGAAGCGAAUGUCGAUGCCUGGUUUGAAAAGCGAGCCCACCAGGUCUUGGCAGCAUAUGUGCAGCACCCCGAUGCCAGCCGCCGCAGAAGUCACUCAAGCUCCUGAGCUCGAAGAUGUAGCUAAAGUAGAAGAGGACGCUGCUUUGGUUUCACCAGAGGAGGAGGAGGACAGUCCACUGGACAAUGACAUUGCCCUCCAGCCUCCUACGCCAGCUGUGCUGGAGCAAGUAGUGGAGCUGAGCAUCAUCUUGACCGGAGAGACGUACAGCGAUGACCUUAAAGAUCCGGCGAGCCUCCAGUACCAAACACUCAGCAGACAGCUCGCCGAAAAGAUAGAAGACGCGCUGGAGGGGCUUCCUGGGUUUAAGAGUGUGUCUGUGAUCAGCUUCAGACCACAGAAGGACGCUCAAGGGCCGGACGGCGUGGUGGUGGUGGACUACGCCGUCACGGUGGUGGUGGAUGGAGCGGGAGUGAGCGGUGAGCAGCUGGACUACCUGACCCUGCAGUCGAACCGAGUGGAGAACUCAUACCGUGAGAUCAAAGAGCCCCCCACGGUGGCGUACACCAUCAGCGAGGUCAAAAACGUCCUCACUGACGCCCUUCAUUACGACGAGCCGGAGACUGUGUCUGAGGUUCCUGAGUCUGUCAACACUGCAGAUGGAGCCACGGUCAGUGCUGUUGAUGAGCCACCAGAGGUCUUGACUCUAGAAGAGGACAUCAAAGAUGAUGUCCUGCAGGAACCCUUCGAAACCAACACAGCUGCAACAGCAGAGAAUGAUGUUACUGUUCUGGAGGAGAGUGUCGUUGUGUCUCCUCCUCUUGUCCUGACAACUAUUGCACCUGAAGCUGACGGCAUCGAGGAGGAGGGUCUGCUGCUAGAGGACAUUGUGCAGACUCCUGCUGCCGAGACCCCCCCACGCGAAGAAAUUCCAGCUGAUCUCCCAGGGAGCGUCACAUUGCCUGAACCGCCUGUGGAAAUGGAGGCCUCUGGUUCAGGCACAGAAGAAAUAGAGAGCUUGCUCGAACCAUCUACAGUCGCAGCAGAAGAAGACGAAGCGUCCCAUGAAGAGACCACAUCGGUGGAUGUGUUGUUAGCAGAAGAAAUCCACAUUAGUACACAUGCUACAUCUGUAGCUGAAGCAGAGAAAGUUGAAGUCGCUGCAGUGGGAGAAGAACCAACUGCAUCUGUGGAAGAGGUUGUGGAGAAUGAGGUGGAGAUUCCUGAGGAGCUUGAGGUCUCCACAAUAUCAACUGAAACCACUGAAGAAGAACAAGUGUUGCCUGCGCUAGUCCCAUCUCCAGAAACGAUAGAUACUGUGAGUGAAACGUCAGAGCCAGAGGCGGCAGAAACGGAUCUGCUUCCUGUUGGGGAGGAAGAGUCCGACCUCCCAGAUGUUCCACCUGGAGAAGAGGAAGUUGUCACCAAACAAGCGGAGGAAGAUGCAGCCAUUAAUGUGGUACUGGAGGAACCUGUGUUAGUAGAUGAGCCGAAGCACGAGACUGUACCUGAAGCUCCGCUGGUAGACGAGACCACAGAAACUCCAGUGAUCUCGACAGAGGAUCUCACGGAGGAUGAGAUCUUACUGGUGAAUAUAGAAAAUCCAGAGCCAUCAGUGACCGACUCUCCAAGCCCUGCCCAAACGACUGCCCUGUCUCCAGAGAAGGAGUCACCUUUCACUCGUGUCUCUGACGUUGGCCCUGGUUCUGAGGGAUUGCCUGACAUAGACAUCCCUUCACUGGUGGAGAUCCAGACCAGUAAUGAAGGCUUGGACGAUGCCACUAUUGGAGACAACGGAUUUGACGUGAUUCAUUAUGGUUACGGCUUGACUAACCACUCGGAAGAGGGCAGCACCGGAUUCCCGUUCAGCGUGGGGCACGGCACGGACCAGGCCAGCAUCGCCAUGCCUAUAAACCCUGGACGAGCGCUGAUUGUUUUCUUCAGCCUCAGAGUGACCAACAUGGCCUUCUCAGAGGACCUCUUCAACAAGAGCUCUCCAGAGUACAAAGCUUUGGAGCAACGGUUCAUAGAGCUGCUUGUUCCCUACCUUCAAUCGAACUUGAGCCACUUUGAGAACCUGGAGAUCCUGAACUUCAGGAAUGGGAGCAUUGUUGUCAACAGUCGGAUGAAAUUCGGGAGGCCCGUGGCUCGCGGGGUUACGACCACCGUCUAUCUGAUCCUUGAGGACUUCUGUAACACAGCCUACCAGACCAUGAACCUCGCCAUCGAUAAGUACUCGUUGGACGUUGAAUCAGGCGACCAGGCCGACCCGUGCAAGUUCCAGGCAUGCAACGAAUAUGCGGAGUGUAAAGUGAACAAAUGGUCUGGGGAGGCGGAGUGCGUCUGUAAUGCUGGCUACUUCAGCGUGGACGGCCUGCCCUGUCAGAGUAUCUGUGAGCUGCAGACUGACUUUUGCCUCAAUGACGGCAAGUGUGACAUCAUCCCUGGCCAGGGAGCCAUCUGCAGGUGCCGCGUUGGGGAGAACUGGUGGUACAGAGGAGAACACUGCGAGGAGUACGUAUCCGAGCCGCUUGUGGUCGGCAUAGCGAUCGCCUCCGUAGCCGGCUUCUUAUUGGUGGCCUCCGGUGUCAUCUUCUUCCUGGCCAGGACGUUGCGGGAUCAGUACGACAAGGAUGAGUCAGAGGACCCCAUACGGCGAACAGAGAGUCUUCCAUCUUUGGAGAGAGCAACCAAGUACAACCCCAUGUACGAGAGCGAGGCCACCACAGGCUACAGCCACUACUACCGGCGCUAUCCUGAAGCUACGCUGUACAGCAGCGCCAGCGCGGAGGCCUCCACUGACUUCAGCAGCGAGGAGAUACGACACAUCUACGAGAACAGCGAACUGACGAAGGAGGAAAUCCAAGACAGGAUACGCAUCAUUGAGCUCUACGCUAAGGACCGGCAGUUUGCUGACUUUGUACGGCAGCAUCAAGCUGUCCUGGAUACUCGCAGAGAGAGCUCCUCUGUGCAGGCAUGAAACGCUCCUGUUAACAACAAGAAACAUGCCCCCGUGCUAUAAAACAAAGCUCCUCGUCAAGACCUUCUUCUAAUUCACCAUGUUUCUCAGAGCCUGGACUGCAAACUUCCACAAAAGGGAUCGUCUUUCAUUGUACUACUCUUAUAAUCUCAGCAAUAAGUCUGCAUCUGUCCCACCCUGUGCGCACACAGGUGACGACGGUUCUUCCUCUUCCUCCGUCCUCGGUGCCUUUCUCUUGACUGGGUGAGCUCGCUGUGACAUCAGGGGCCGUGUCUGCUGCUCGUCUACUGAAAAAAAAAAAACUUACCGCGUCCUGUUACUUGAAAAGUUGUCAAACACUAUAACAAGUAGUAUGUAACGGUUUCUUUGGUCAUUUCUGUCCAUUCUUAAAACGGAAGAACUUAAACUGUGAAUAAUGUACAUAGCUGAACAGAUGUUUUUGUUAGUAAAUAAGAUUAAAUUUUAAUUUAUUUUUUUUUUGUCACUCUAAUGCUCAAAUUUAGGUCUUUUGUAGUUAAUGGUGCUAUUUCAAUUUCAAGUAAUUAUAAGCAUUAUUUUAAAUAUUUUGGAGCAGUUUUUACAAUUUGAGAACCUUCCUUUAAAUUCCAGUACUGCUUUACAUUAAAGGAAUAAAGCGGCUUAUUGCUAAAUGCACUUUUUAGAGUUGGACAAGACGUUCAAAGGCUGGAAACACGUACGACUCUUUACAAAGUGAAUUAAAGCUGCUCAUUAGAUGGCAAAUGGUUGCUUUUACACUUCUUUUUUUUUUUACACAUCUUUUAAAAGACAAGAUUCAUUGGAUUAAUUUGUGAGCUUUGGCAUUGAUUCAGUUCUGCUGAAGCUUUUGAUCACAUGCUGACGCCAGAAAUUUACGGGAUAAAAAGAGUUAUUUUUAUUUUGGCUCGGCUGGAAGGAAUCGCCACAGUUUUCACGAGCGGAUUCGUUAAUUUAAGCCGGGGGAAAUUUUCUUGGGAGGUGUUCAGAAAGCUCCCGGCGACACUAGUAGCCUGAUCGGACAAUAAAAUUUGUGUGAUUUACAUGGUUGUCCUUGGAGACUACGCUUAUAUAAUACGCUCAACGCAGAAAGUGAAAUUGACUUGAAGCAUGACGGCUAGCCUUCUGAAAACAUUGUCUGUUUGGAUUUGCCUUCAAGGCUGGUUACGCAACCUAUGGAGAGAGCCGGGCUAUCUGUUCCCGUUUGUUUCCAGCCUUUAUGCUAAGCUAAAUUAACUGGCGACAAGCUGUAGCAUUGUUCUGCCCAUCCAAACCUCUGCCAGACAGCAAAUCAUUUCGCAAAAUGUCAAACUAUUCCUUUAACGUGGCCAAACAGUGCUCCUGUAUGUGUUAGGCUGUUUUUACAUUCAUGCAUUAUGAUAAAAACAGCCUUUCGCAGUCUGAAUGUUGAGUAGAUGGUUCAUUUCGGGUAUUUUUCUACUGGCAGGUGUUCUGCCUUUUUCUUAAGAGCUCCAUCAGCGUUAAGCUUCAGAGUUUGUGAAUGUAUGACAAGGCAGACUAGAGCGAAAAAACAGUGGUGAGGGAAGAAAGGCAGAGAGCAUGAACCCUCUAUAGCUCCGUGAUCCAGAAAUAAGUGAAAACACGUUUCAGUGGAAAAAUGCUCUGAGGCAGGCGGCCCAGGGAUUUGAUCAAAUGGUCUGCUUUCAGAUGUCAUAUGUAAUGCAAUUGAAAGAGCAGGAAAACCAGGAAAAAGCAAGCUGAUAAACAACAUAUGCCGUCUGGAAAGACAACUUCAAGCUGCGUCUCCUGCUUAAAAAGAAACUUUAAAGACACCAGCGAUUCUUCAAAAAAAAAAAAAAACUAAAAUCAGUCCUGUGACUACUUAUUCGGCUACGAUCCUGCUCCUCAAUUUGAAACAUUCUGACAGACUAAUUCCAGUGUUUUUUUUGUUUUUUUUUUUAGUAUUUUCAUCUCUUCUGCUCUGGACUUGUUGUACUUGACCCUUCUCGUCCCUCGAGUGGAUCCUCACAGCUGCAGCUGAUUAUGAUCUGUAGACUUUCAGUUCAUUGUCGGCCAGUGUGUUUCUCUUAGGAGGCCACAAUCACAUGCAUAGAUCACUCAGAGAUAGCUCCUUGUUUACAUCACCUCCUUCUUGUCUUUUCCUUCCACUUCAGACGUUAACACAAGUAAAAGACCGGGGCGUAGCAGACUAUUGGGACAGUGUCUUGCCUUUUCCAAUCUGUGUGUUUAUUUUUAUAUGUAUCCGUUUGUGUGUGUGUCUGCAUACAGUUUCCGUCCCGGCCCUUUGACGUGGACAGCUUGUCCAUAGGUAAAAACAGCCAAUCACCCCAGUAUACAGUGUUCCGUCAUGUAAAUAACAUUGUAGAUGAUUGUAUGAGAGGAGUUGUACUGCAGUAGGAUGUAAAUCAUGUGUGUUUCCCAUGUUUAAAUAUAUGAACAUAUUUUUUUUAUACUGAUAACACAUGUUAACGCGGUUAUCGUAUUGUGCAGCUGUGUAAAUGACUAAGAAAAAGGUGUAACGGUACAAAAAUAAAAUGUUUUAUAUAAAAAGUA